CGGAAAGUUUAUUUGGCACAUUCGGAGAGUCCAAAGAACAAUCUGGAGAUGUUAGGCAUUGAUUUAUGAAGAUGCUGGAUUUGACUUUUAUGUGGAUUUGUUUCUUAGCCAUUUCCAAAAUUACUGGCACUCUGAGUUGUUACCUACCAUCGAAAGGCAAGUCAACAGGUGCUUGCAAAAUUCUGUCUCAGUAUGUUAUAAGUAGAGAAGGUUGGGAAGCAAAUGAACCAAUUGGAAUCAUCGACUGUUUCUCAAGGCCAGUGGAAUAUAUCAUAAUUCAUCACACAGUCACCGGUGCUUGCAGUACUGGGACUUCGUGCAAGACUUCAAUGAAGAAACUGCAGAAGGAACACCAGAAAACGAAAAAAUGGUUCGACAUUGGAUAUCACUUUGUGAUUGGUGGAGACAACAGGGCUUACGAGGGGCGGCCAUUCUACAAAGCUGGAGCCCACACAAAGUAUCAUAACAAGAAAUCCAUUAGCAUAGCGUUCUUUGGGAACUAUGAUAAAGACUGUCCGAGUCCAGAAAUGCUUGGUCUUGUCUCAAAGAUUGCCUAUUGUGCUUUUGAAAAGGGAUACCUGACAGACAAUUUCACUGUAAUCGGACACAGAGAUGCCUACUGUACUUCCUGCCCAGGAGACGCUCUGUAUGCUGUGAUCAAGAAAUGGCCACGGUUCCCGGAAAGCGUGCCAAUUCCAUCUUACACAUGUGAAGUCAAAAACGAUACUGCACCAGAGCCAGAAGUUACAACAACUAUGCCAGAAACGCCAGAACCGACUACGGAAUUACCCACAACUACGACAGAAAUGAUUACCACAACCGAAGAAGUAACCACAACACCAGUUCCGACUACAACCGAGAAAACAAGUGUCAUACCACUUUAUUAUUACCUUAUUUUCUCCAAAAUACCGUUUCCUUGUUGUACGGUAGAUGAUGAUGGAUGGGGAAAAGCUAAAUUUCCUUGCUGUAUAACGGAUAAGGAUGGCUGGGGAAAAUCUAAAGGACUUUUAUUACCUCAAGGUAUCAUAAGUACCUAUUGGAUAUUGAUAAAUGUGUCGAAAUUUUACGGAAACAGUCAAUUAAAGGAUAACAUCCGUAGGAGCGAAAAAAAUGGAACGAUAAACAAUAUCUGCGCUUUAUAUUCGGAUGUUUAUAAAUGGGAAAUCCCUAAAUCGUGCUUAUAUAAGAAGUCCGAGGAAUUAUACGUCAACUUCAUUCGGAGAGUUAGAAACGGGGCUGUGUUCUUCAGGAUGAAGAAGCGUUUUCAGAUUUUUCUAAUGCCUCUCUCGCUACUUUUUUAUAUCGGAGUGCUAAUUCCAAGCAAUAUCCUUUGUGAGGGGUGUGAGGGGGUGGAGAUAGUCUCAAGGGCCUCAUGGGGUGCUCGUGUCCCCAAAAGUACAGAGAAAAUGACGGUGCCGGUUCCACACCUCUUCAUCCACCACACAGCAAUGAAUGAAUGCCAGGACUUCCAAUCAUGUGCUCGCAUGAUGCGAGCCAUACAGAAUUUCCAUAUGGACGACAGAGGUUGGGAUGACAUCGGUUACAACUACCUGAUUGGAGGAGAUGGUCGAGUAUACGAAGGUCGUGGUUGGACUCGAGUUGGUGCCCAUACCUACGGAUUUAACAGAGUCGGAAUAGCCUUUUCCCUUAUGGGAAAUUUUGUGAACAAACUGCCAUCCCAAACGAUGCUGAAUGCGACAAGGAAUAUGAUACAGUGUGCUAUAAGAGGGGGUUAUGUAACAGGUGAUUACAAGUUGCAUGGUCAUCGCGAUGCCGGUUGCACAGAGUGUCCUGGACAAACUUUAUACAAUCACAUUCGCAACUGGGAUCGCUUUGAAGCUGGACCUUUACCAGGCUACUCUUGUAGAAGCAAAAAUACGUAAAUGUGAAG